AUGCGUGGUACAUCUAAGCUAUUCACGACUCCAUGGAGCUCAAUCAACAGCUCCCACAGUCUUUUGCCUUUCCCAGCUGUGAUCCGACAACCCGCAAGGUGUCGACACCCUUUAGCGCAUCAAAUCACCACCUCUAGAUCAGCCGUAGCCAGACCCAGCUCUCUACUCCUCUGCCGUAAUGCAUCCACCACAUCACCGCAACAGAUCAUCCGCCCACUCGUCCCACCACCAAGUGAAGGCUCCGGGCCUCUCCUAUCGCGACGGGCCGAUCGCGCCCUCCCUAGGAUCGACAAGGGCAAUAUCUGGCUCAAGACGCUCCCCAUCUUUCUCAUCCUCGUCACAGCAUCCUCGCUCGCAAUUUUCAACUACCAGAAAUCCAGCUCUUCAACGAUAAACUCGAUCCUGUACGCCCUACGCACAAACGAGGCUGCGCGCGAAAUUCUGGGCGAUGAGAUCUACUUCGCCAGCAAAAUGCCGUGGAUACGAGGGGAGAUGAACCAGAUGCAUGGGAUCAUUGAUAUUAGAUUCUGGGUCAAGGGGACUAGAGCGCAGGCUGAGACAAAGUUCACGAGUCUGAGGAGGAGGAAGACCGGGUUCUUUGAGACGCUGGAGUGGAGUCUCAAGUUGGAGGAUGGUACAGUUGUGCAGUUGCUUGAGGAUGGCAAGGGCGGGAAUCAGCCUAUGGUGAACAAAGAACAGCAGUGA